AUGGUUACUAUCAUAUCAAUAUCAAAUGGUAAAAGUUCAACCACCGUUUUCAUUAUCUUUUGUUGCAUCCUUUUGCAUCUGCCUGAUAUCCAAGCUGCAACACCACCCAACUUCUCGUUUGAUGGUUUUAAUCUGACACAGGAUGGGGAUAGUCUUGAGUUUAUAGGCAGUGGUACGAGUAUUGAUAAUGGAGCCCUUCAGAUAACCCCAGACACAACCAACAACGACCCCAGCCUCCACAACCAGUUUGGUCGCAUUAUUUAUGGGCAAUGGCUUGGCCUCACCAAUGCUAUCAAUGAUGGUAAACAAACCAACCGGAUCGUGGCCAUAGAGUUUGAUACCGAAAAGCAAGACUAUGAUCCUAAUGACAACCACAUUGGCCUCAACAUCAACUCUGUUAAUUCAACUACCACUGUCUCUCUUGAUGAUUAUAAAAUUGAAUUAUCUCCGGAAGUACCCACCAACUAUAGAGUCUGGGUGCACUAUAAUGGCACGUCGAAGGUGAUGGAGGUUUACAUGGUGAAAGACGGCCAACCCAAGCCGGAAAAGCCUCUUCUUAGCAAGACCAUAAACCUGAAAGAAUAUGUGAAUCAAAAAUCCUACUUUGGUUUUGCUGCUUCUACAGGUAAUCCACAGAUUGAGUUGAAUUGUGUAUUGAAAUGGAGCUUAGAGAUUGAUGAUCUACAAAAGAAAAGUGAUUUGCUUUGGUUAAAGAUAGGUGCUGGGGUUGGAGUUCCACUGGUGACAUUGUUAAUCCUAUGUGGGGUUUUGUAUUUGAACAAGAGAAAAAGAAGAGGAGGAGGGGGUGAUGAGGAGUGUAAGGCGCUUGGCACACAGUUGAGAUGGUUGCCUGGGAUGCCAAGGGAAUUCAAGUACAAGGAUUUAAAGAAGGCCACCAACAACUUCCAUGAGAGUAUGAGGCUGGGUCAAGGUGGUUUUGGUGUUGUUUACAAAGGAAUUCUGCAGGACAAGGAUCAUAAAACCGGUACUGAAAUAGCUGUCAAGAAAUUCUCCAGAGACAGCACUCGAAGCAAAGAUGACUUCUUGGCAGAGCUCAUCAUUAUUCACCGUCUUCGUCAUAAACAUCUCGUCCGCUUAGUUGGCAACUUGCAAUUCCAAUUUCAUGAAAUUAUUCAAAGAUCAUCACAAGCUUUUCCUGCAAAGCACCAAACAAUCUUAUUUAAAGGAAACAUUCAAAGUUGUUCGAAACUGCAUUAUUCAUUUGUCAAAUUAAGGCACUUUCGCAGAAGACUUGGAAGGUGUGCUUUGGCAUUACAACCUCUUGUGGAUCAACCCCUUGAACUUUUAGCUUCUUCUUAA